AUGGGGGAGAUCUUUCUCGACAAGACGAUUAGCCUGCUCUCGUCAGACAAACAGAAGGCCCGCUCGGAUGACUUGAAGCACAUCUUCCAGCAGAACAAGAAGAGCUCCAAGCUACAAACACUCAAUGACAAAGCUUGCCACAAAAUCUUCGAAUCACUAUUCCGUUUCGUCGCAGCAGAAAGGUCAAUAUAUAAUCGAGCUCAAAAGUCCACAAAAACUACUUCUGCAUCCCGGCUUUCGACAUGUGCUUCCGUACUCCGAAUGGCUGUUGACCUCUUCCUGAAAAAUUUGAGAAUCAAAACAGUCCGCGCCGUCAUUGACCACAUUAUUGAGACCAUACCGGUCCCUGGGGAAGGUCUGUGGGAACCCCUGAGCCUGGACUAUACCAAGUGUUUGGCAUCGCUUCUACGCUACCGUCCCCAUACUGAGCAUCUUGACGAAGAAGACUGGGAAAACCUCGUAAGCUUUUGUCUUGCCAGUAUUAGCCCCCGGGAGAACGAAGAAAGCCAAUUGAGUAUUCGAAGCGGUUAUCGAUCCGUUCCCGAUGAUCAAGAUGCCAGCGACAGCCAUUCUACCCCCUCAAGGAUGACCGUCGCUCCCGCCUCAGUCAGCAGGGAAAGGCACGGUGGCAAUAGAAACGUCAUUGAAGAAGUUGUAAUCUGUAUUCAACUAUUGACAAGGAGCCCGAACCCCCCUCUUCAAACUACGGCCCAAAACAUACUUCACGGACUUGCGGAGUUUGUCGAGUCACCUGUGGCUGGAAAUGCCCACCAGCUCGCGUUUAAUAGCAUCAAUGCAGUCGUUACAAAAGUCAUGUUUGAUCAAUCCGAACUUGUCCGUUCGGUUCUCUUGGGCCUGGUUCCAGUAAUUCGACGCCUAUGGGCCACUAAGUUACAGAUUCUCAAGGAAGAGUUACUUGCCACUUUGAUGCUGUCGAUGAUCGUCCUCGUGAACACUGCUCAAAAAGCCCCAUCCGAAUCUCUGGCACAUGACAUCGAAGGAUUAGCCAGUACACUUCAUUCGGAGUAUGUGAGGCGGCCAGAGAAGGAGAUCCUACAAAUCGAUGAAACAACACUUUAUCACAAUGAAGCAUGCCGGAGCAGGCCAGUAUAUGGACCUUGCCUCGGAAUUGCUAGAUCGGAGCAUAACUGGACGGUCCUUUGGCUGAUUGCAGAGCUGCUCAAGCUCUCGGAGGGUAUUCAUAUCAAGUCUGGGUCAGCACGCGAAGGUUCAAGCAAAAGGCAGCGCUUCAGUUCUGAGAUCCAGGAUGUAUUUCGGGACUCGGUAUCGGCCACAGGCACAAGGAGAAUAUGUGCAUUACAACUCAUCCCAUUCCUCGAAUCUGAGGUUGACAUUGAGACGAAGGAGCCAUUCUUCAAGCAGCUUGUUCUGAACGUCUCUGACGGCAAUGACGCCGUGUCAUCCUGGACGAUGGUUGCUCUGACGGGUAUUGCGAACGGGUCUACUGCCAAAUCGCCUGGAAUUAGGGGUCUCUGGCCACGAGUAGUCGAAUUUACUACGCGUGCAUUCUCAUCUCCGGUGACAUCGAGAGCUGCAUGUAACCUAGUGAGUAUGAUUUUGCAGUCAGACUUAUUGGAUUACUCAGUAGCUAUGGAGACAACGCGGUCACUCUUGACUUCUGCCAAUGGACCAUCUGCUAUCUCGGACUCGUCUUUAAGGUUAUGGGCUUCAAUUGCCCGAAUGAGGACACAGCUUGAUCCUGGGUCAGCCCAGCAGACCUCGAUACAAAUAUGUGGCUGGCUAAGGGAAGUUUGGGCUGGUUCGGUGACCGAUCGCAUCCAGACAGCUCGAGUAGCUGCCUAUGCUCGUCCGUUGGACUUACUGGACCUUUUUUUGUCAUGCACUAACCGAUCCUUCGCCAUUCCUCGUUGUCAAGUCACAGGACCAACGGGGCAUAUAGCCCGCACUUGGUUCUUUCUCCACGAGAACCACGAAUUGUUGGGGUAUGUUUUUGAUACGAAUUCUGCCCCAGCAAAUCCCUGGGGUCUGCAGGAAACGUGGUCCUUGGAGCAAUUCACUAGGCAGGACCCUGAUGAUAUAGUUAUCUUGGAUAUGCUUCGAGUGAGAUCCGAGUCGUUCUUACACACAUGGCACGCUAUGAAUGAAGAAAGAUCACAUAUCACUCCAGAUAACUUGCAAAUCCUGGCGUCCUUUUGUGUUGUGGUUUCUCUCUUCAUGGCAUGUCUUCCUCGAUCAUUGCAAUCUCAAUCUCGAUCACAAGAUCUGGAUCAGAACUGUCGGAGUCUGUGGGAUGGUAUAUGCGAUUUUCUGGCAGCUCACACUCACGAAUCUGCUUUCAUGCAAUCUUGCUUGGACUUACUAUCGCCGCUCAUCGGUCCUUUGUCGAGUUCUGACGCACCCACUGCCAUUCAGACUAGUCUUAAAGAGCUUGUUACUCCACUCUCUAAAACGCUCGAGCAUUUCCGCCAGAGCUCAAAGAGUCCCUCUGCGGCCGAAGAUCCUAUGGAUCUGGACGACCGAUUCAUGGCCGAAACCCCAAUAGCGACUGAUGACACUAUUCUUACCUUGAACCGAAAUUCUCUAUCUGUCUUCCUUGACCCUGUCACAUAUCAACGCUGUGUAACCAUCCAACUCUCGAUAUUUCUCAGAACACAAGCAGAUUCUGACUCGUCAUCUGUCGUUGAAUACCUGACAGGCUUGGAUGAAGCCGAUAUCCUGGCAGCCCAAGCUAUUUUACCUGAAAUCUUCCAGCUCUGCUCGAAAUCGGAGCCCUCGGAACUGCUCUCCAUCCUGGAAGAUUUAGGCGAAAAGUGUCUACAGUCUUAUGAAAUGGAGCGGUGUGAGGCUUCACAUUGUGUUUGCAUCCGCAUGAUGACCAGCUUUGUCGACUCCUGGACAAAUGGCCCUGACGAUACAUUGAAAGAGUCGGCUAUGGACUUGUAUAAUUGGUUUAUGGAAGUGCUCUUGACCCGAAAAAGAGCUGCCCCGAAGGUCUACAUUGCCCUGGCCGAGCUCAUCCAGCGGGUGAUUGGCACAUGCCCCUCAUACGGCAAUGAGCAGUCUCUUCCGUCACCACGAACGAGUUUAUUCACAAUCCUUCGAGAAGGUGAUGUUCAGGUCAAAUUCAGCGUUGCGAAAUUUAUCCCUGCUUUAUUUGAGCGAUUCCUUCUCAAAGACCACGAUGCCAUUUUCGAUGAUAUAUUGGAAAGCUUGCCGCGAGACCCGGAAUGGAUCGAGGGAAUUGCGGUCCGCCUUUUUGUGCUUUCGCAGUUGGCUUCCAGAUGGCACACUUUGCUGCGAAGAAGCAUCUACCAUCUAUUUGAAACCCCAGCCCAAGUGCCACUAUCACUGUGGUACGCCGAGAGAUGUAUGGUCUCUGUUUCUCAGACCCUUGGUCUGCAAGACGCCAAAGAACUUUUUCGGCUUUUCUCGUCUCAAAUACUCUACACGUGGACCGAAACACAGAGUAUCAUGUCCAUGCCAUUUAGUAUAUUUGGGUAUGACAGCCUACAAAACAUGCUGGUGGACGUCAAAGAUGAAAUCGUUGGGCAAAUGAUGAUGCGUGCCAAGGAACAGGAGACAAUUGAGCUCGCGAAACACCUCCAGAUUCCACAUCUCGAGCUCUUGGUGACCUCUUUUCACAAGGCCGAGGCAUACAGCAUUGCACGAGAUAUCAGUACUCCUCCGGGGCAAGGUAGUCAGCCCAAAGGUGUUGAGAUCCGUCUGCGGAAACUUCUCGGAGCAGACCAGUUCAUGACACAAAUCGAGAGCCAGUUCCCCUUAAUCAUUGCUGCGUUUUUCCAAUCCCUCGACUACUAUGACCAGAUCGAACGAGCAUUCUCAAAGCGUGAAAACUUCGGUUAUGCGCUCGACAUUCAGACGCAAAUAACCAACAAGAGCACGUCUCAAAAUGCACUGCCAGCAAAUCAACAGCCCUCUUUUCGAGCACGCUAUCUCCUGGAUGAGAUCGAGUUUCUUUGCAGACGCACUGGAUUUGAAUUUGAAUCAAUAUGGACGCCAUCACUGGUGUCUUUUGUCUGCCGUUCGUUGCUUGAAUCCAUACAUCCCGCCCUUGGCUCGCUUCAUGCUUGUUCUGUGAUCCGCAAAAUAAGAAUCCUAGCCUGUGUGGCUGGUCCCGUCAUACUUCAAGACUAUCCUCUAGAGAUGACACUUAGCUCUUUGCGGCCUUUCCUUGGCGACAUUCAUUGUUCUGAGGAUGCUCUUGGGGUUUUCUGGUAUCUACUCGACGCAGGGAAACCAUACCUCCAGGUGACACCGGGGUUCACUGCAGGUAUUGCUGUCUCAACUCUGGUCACUCUCCGCAGAAUAUUUUCGUCGUUACCUGAGAACACGACUCAAGAGAGUCAGUUCAGAACAGUGCAAUCAAAUGCAAAAGAAUUCUACCAAUGGCUGGUCGAGCUUCUUGGAGAGCUCCGUUCCUCUGAUUGGGAUACAGAGACGAAAGUAUCUUUUGAUCGGCUUGUCUCACUAGCUGAGAAAUUCUCAACAUCUGAGGACUCUUCCGGUGGACAGGUUGGGAAAGAUUUGGUCUUUGAAGUUCUCAAAGACCGCGAUUCUGUGAAUUCGCUGUUGAGUAAGCCUGUGGCUGAUCUUGUACUGUCGCUCUUAUGUCCCGAAUUCGAGCAGACAUCCGACACUGGGAAUUGGAUCUCAAAUGAAGAUGUGGACCCCGCUUCCCACGUUGUAUCUCUAUGGCACACACUUCAAAACUCCAAUGGAGGACCUCAGUAUCGACUUUGGGCCGCUCGGGUCAUCGGAAGAUCCUUCGCUGCCACUGGAAAGAUCGAUCAAUUGCUCCUGCGAGAACAGGAUCUCUCACUGUUUCAAUCCCCUGAGUCUUCAUUGUCAUCUGAUAUUUUCUGCCAUUCUAAGGCCAGAAUUCUUCGCGUGCUUUGCGAUAUGCUACACGUGCAAAAGCAUUUUGAAGCUGGCCUGGUUGAGCGUACUUUGCAGCUGAUCGUCAGCAACAUCGCGAACUAUCCAGAUUUCCAAGGUUGCAGCGAGGUGAUUCCCGAAUCUCUGAUGAAAGCCCUCAUCUGGAACCCAUACACAUGUCCCGCCGUUUUACUUUCAAAUUCGGAGCAGGAGAGAUGCGAAAAUGCAGCAACCAGCGCCUCCGGGCUGUCGGUUGCUGACUGGGCUCGCAGUGUUUCCCUGUUCUUAUCGAAUGCUGCUUUAGAAGACCCAGUCAUUGGCUCUCUUCGCAAAGUUCUCAACAUGACUCCUGGCUUAGCAGUGCAGCUGUUGCCAUACGUGGUUCAUGAUGUUUUGCUGUCAGAAAGGGAGGAUAAAGGCGAAAAAGGGGAGGUCCGAGAAGAUAUCUCUGCCGCUUUCCGACAGGUGUUGUGUGAGAUUCGCGAGGACACAUUACCUCACGCUCAGCUUUUGAUCAACUGCAUUCUCUACCUUCGAAACCAACCCGUGCCAGAUGAGUCAACUAUAGUCCAGCGCGAUAAAUGGCUUGAUAUUGACUUCGGAGAGGCAUCUUUGGCUGCACAUCGCUGCGGCUUGCAUAAAACUUCGCUGCUUUUCCUGGAAAUACAAACAUCCCGAGUGGUUACGACAUCUCGUCGAUCAUCUGUCGUUAGAUACGAGCCACCGCCUGCUUUACUGCAUGAUGUUUUCAAAAACAUUGAUGACCCGGACUUGUUUUAUGGCAUUCAGCAGAGCUCGUCUUUGACCAGCGUCAUGGAACGGCUGGAGUACGAAAGCUCCGGAUUCAAAAAUCUCCUGUUUCAGAGUGCAAAAUACGACAGUGAAAUCCAGAUGUCUGACAAUGCAGAAUCAUGCGGUGUGUUGAAGGCUUUGAAUGCUACCAACCUUCAGGGUAUUGCCAAUACGAUGCUCUCUGCCUCCUGCAGUGCAAACGAUGCCCCUGUGGCCUUUGAUAGCAUGUUGCAAGCUGCUGCUAGUCUUCAAAAAUGGGAUAUUCCAGUAUCACCUUUGGAUUCCUCCCCAUCUGCUACUGUAUUCCGUACAUUCCAAAGUCUCAAUACCUCGGGUUCUCUACUCGAGGUCACUGGCUCAAUCGAAAGUGGUCUGUUGACAACACUGGGUUCUCUUCUCAAAACCAGUGGAUCCGCUAUUCAGUUGCGAAGCUCAAUGCGCGCGUUGGGGAUUAUGACCGAGAUCAGCGACACUUUACACUCCACGUGUUCCGAAGACAUGGAGGAAGGGUGGCAGAUUAUUAUGGCGAGAAGCAAUUGGUUGAAAACCGAGAGCUAUCACGAAGUUGGAGAAAUAUUGUCUUGGCAUGAGGCGUUGUUUUCAUCAGUCAGGAAGAAUGACAUCCUCAAAUCACGGGCAAAACUUAAUCUCGGGGAUUCGCGACUUCUAGAAGCGAAAGUCAUUCGACAAUCCUUGGAAAUCACAAGAACUCAUGGUAUCUCCCAGGCAUCGCUCAAAUCUGCAAUGAGUCUUUUGAAGCUUGCCGAACCGUGCGCAGCGUUAGGAAUGAACAUUGAUGGAGCUGCGAAAUUCGAUCUUGCCAAUGUCCUGUGGGAUCAAGGAGAGAUGACCGCGUCCAUUCGCAUGCUCCAGCAACUGAAGGGUCAGAAUGACCUCCAUAAGCAGGCAAUCCCCCUCAGUCGGGCUGAACUUCUCGUGACUUUGGGUCACCACGUUGCUGAAGCGCGGUUGGAAAAGCCUGACUCGAUUCUUCAAGAGUACCUUUAUCCCGCGGUUAAGGAAUUGAAAGGAAGCUCCGACGGAGAAGAGGCUGGACGGGUCUAUCAUGGCUUUGCAACCUUUUGUGAUCAGCAGCUACUGAAUACUGAUGGACUCGAAGAUUUCAAGCGAGUGGAACAACUGCGUGAUCGCAAGGAGAAAGAAGUCCUUGGCCUGGAAGAUAUGAUGAAGAAUGCCACAGGUAAGGAGAGAGAGUACUUGAAGAACUAUCGGGCUAAAGCAAAGCAAUGGUUCGACCUUGACGACCGCGAAUAUCAACGUUUGCUGCGAAGUCGGGAGGCUUUCCUACAGCAGUGCCUGGAAAAUUACCUUCUCAGUCUGAGGGAAAGCGAUACUUACAACAAUGAUGCUCUGCGUUUCUGUGCACUCUGGCUUGACAAAUCAGACAGUGAGACUGCAAAUUCAGCUGUUUCUCGGUAUCUCAACGAGGUGCCCAGCCGGAAAUUUGCACCAUUGAUGAAUCAGCUUUCAUCUCGCUUACUCGACGUCUCCGACGACUUCCAGAAAUUACUCACUCAAUUGGUAUUCAGGAUAUGUGUGGAGCAUCCUUUCCAUGGCAUGUACCAGAUUUUCGCUAGCAGCAAGUCCAAGGGAGGGAAAGACCAGUCAUCCCACUCGCGUUUUCGUGCUGCAAAUCAACUUGUGGAUCGUUUAAAGAACGAUAGUCACAUCGGUCAGACUUGGAUUGCUGUGCACAAUGUGAACAUCAGCUAUGUGCGAUUUGCAGUUGACAAACCAGACAGCAAAUACAAAAGUGGUGCUAAAGUUCCAUUGAAGAGCUUGACUACUGGCCAGCGCCUUGGACAAGAUGCCAUCACAUACAAACUCCCACCACCGACAAUGAAAAUCGGCCUCCGUGCAGAUCGCGACUACAGUGACAUUCCUACCAUCACGAAAUUCCACCCUGAGUUCACGAUUGCUUCCGGCGUUAGCGCGCCGAAAAUUGUGACUGCCGUUGCGUCCAACGGCGAGCGCUACAAGCAAUUGUACAAGGGAGGGAAUGAUGACCUGCGUCAAGAUGCCAUCAUGGAGCAAGUAUUUGAGCAAGUCAGCAGCCUUCUGAAAGACCACCAACCCACACGUCAGCGGAGCUUAGGCAUUCGAACAUACAAAGUUCUGCCAUUGACACCAAGCGCAGGAAUCAUUGAGUUCGUUCCGAACACGAUUCCUCUGCACGACUACCUGAUGCCUGCACAUCAAAGGUACUUCCCGAAGGACAUGAAACCAAACUCUUGCCGGAAACACAUUGCCGAUGUGCAGACCAAAUCCUUUGAGCAACGCGUCAGAACCUACCGGCAGGUGACUGAACAUUUCCAUCCAGUCAUGAAGUACUUCUUCAUGGAGAAGUUCAACAACCCCGAUGAUUGGUUUAGCAAGCGGUUAGCCUACACACGCAGUACAGCUGCCAUCUCUAUCCUAGGUCAUGUGCUCGGCCUCGGUGAUCGGCAUGGACAUAACAUCCUGCUAGAUGAAAAGACCGGGGAAGUGGUGCACAUCGAUCUUGGUGUCGCCUUUGAGCAGGGACGUGUGCUUCCUGUUCCUGAGGUAGUACCGUUCCGGUUGACGCGUGAUCUAGUUGAUGGAUUCGGCAUCACGAAGACCGAAGGAGUUUUCCGGCGUUGUUGCGAAUUCACCCUUGAAGCACUUCGGCAAGAAUCGUACAGCAUAAUGACGAUCCUUGAUGUAUUACGUUAUGACCCGUUGUAUAGUUGGACUGUCUCACCCCUUCGGGUUAAGAAAAUGCAGAUGCAGGACAACCAAGCCAGUGAUGCACCUCCAGCUCUGCCUGGUGCAGCUGAUGGUCUCGUCUCGAAGAGCGAGAACGAGAAUGAACCUAGUGAAGCUGACCGUGCGUUAACUGUGGUGGCCAAAAAACUGAGUAAAACACUCAGUGUGACUGCAACUGUAAAUGAAUUAGUUCAGCAGGCGAGUGAUGAGAAGAACCUUGCCAUGUUGUAUUGCGGCUGGGCAUCUUACGCAUGA